GGACCACGGAGACACCAUGAGGAGCCUGCUGCUUCUGUCCAUUCUGGCGGCCUUGGCCGUGGCAGCUUUGUGUUAUGAAUCUCAUGAAAGCAUGGAAUCCUACGAAAUCAGUCCCUUCAUUAACAGGAGAUAUGCAAAUACCUUUAUAUCCCCACAGCAGAGAUGGCGAGCUAAAGCUCAAGAGAGGAUCCGGGAGCGCACCAAGCCCGUCUACGAGCUCAACCGGGAGGCCUGCGACGACUACAAGCUGUGCGAGCGCUACGCCCUGAUGUACGGGUACAACGCCGCCUACAACCGCUACUCCCGGCAGCUCCGCGGGCGCAAGUGA